AUGGCCGAGGCGGUGACCUACGCCGCCCUGCGCUUCGCCAAGAGCCCCCCGGGGCAGAGCCGGCCGCCCCCGGGACCCGCUGACGGCCCUCUCCGCUCCUCUCCCCCCGCAGAGGCCAGCGACGGCGAGCUCACCUACGAGAACCUCUCCCCGUCCGCGCGAGACCCCCGACGACCCCCGCGGCUUUCUCUUCCAGGGGCUCUCCCGAGGCGAAUCUGGUCCGCAGCCCCGCUGGCCCUGCUGGCCGCCGGCCUCUUCCUCGCCGCCACCUGCAUAGGACUGGGCGUCCGAUACUGGCAGGUCUCCCAGCAACUGCAGCGGGCAUCCCAGAGGCACGCAGCAGAGAGCAGCGCCCUGGCACACAGAAUCGGCGGCCAGGACAAGAACCUGACCUGGUCCUCGCAGCAGCUGUCCCGGGCCAAGGCAGAACUGGCAGACACCUGGCUGGCCCUUCAGCAAUGCUUGCAGGCUGCCAACAGCACUCAGCGGCAGCUGGAAGAAGAACAGAAAAAGAAGGCCAAUGUGACCCAAGAGUUGGAGGCGACCAAGAGAGUUUUGGAUCGUGCGAGAUUGUGCCAGCAGACUGAUUGCUGUCCCCUUGGAUGGAAGCUUUUCAAUCAGAAAUGCCUGAGAUUGUCAAGUGAACGGAAGACUUGGGAAGGGAGCAAGCAAGACUGCGCGCAUCAAGGGGCUCAGCUGCUGAUUCUGAAGCCCUGGGAUGCCGCCACCUUCUGGGACGUUGCAGUAAUAGUGGUGAGAUGCAAUGAGGCAGAACAAGGCAGCCACACCCUUCUCCUGGUCAAUAGACCCAAGUGCUUGAGAUGCCCGUCAAGUCCUAAAGCCAAAAGCAAAAGACCCCUUUUGAAGGACCCGGUGGCUUCUACCAGCACUGCAUUCCCCUUGGGCUACGUGGCGCAAUCCCAGAGCGUGGACACACACGAAGCUGCCUUACCCUGCACCAGCCCAUCAGUCCAGCCAGGUCAGGAUUGA